AUGGAGAAGAAGACAUCUAUGGAGGCCAAGAACAGAGAGAAAGAGCUAGAAAAGAAAGACAAGAAGAAGAAAGGUGCCCCUCAAAUCAUACGACUCAAACAUCAGUGGAGAAAGAGCAAGAAAGAAAAGGAUCAACAACCAAUGUCUCCGUUUUUGGCGUUCACAACUGAGGCCAUGAGGCUGUUGGAGGAAGAGAAGCAUCUUCAUUUGCAAAAAAAUUGGGCAUGUUUAUCUUUGUUGAGAAAAUACAGGGAAAAUGAAAGAGCUUUAGAAAGGAACAGAGAGAAAGACCUAGAAAAGAAGGACAAGAAGAAGAAAGGUUUCCCUCAAAUCAUAUGGCUCAAAGAUCAGUGGAGAAAGAGCAAGAAAGAAAAGGAUCAGCAACCAAUGUCUCCGUUUUCGGCGUCCACAACUGAGGCCGUGAGGGUAUUGGAGGAAGAGCACCAUCUUCAGUUGCAAAAAGUAAAUUCAAACAGAGAGAAAGAGCUAAAAAAGAAAGACAAGAAGAAGAAAGGUUUCCCUCAAAUCAUAUGGCUCAUAGAUCAGUGGAGAAAGAGCAAGAAAGAAAAGGAUCAGCAACCAAUGUCUCCGUUUUUGGCGUCCACAACUAAGGCCAUGAGGCUGUUGGAGGAAGAGCAGCAUCAUCAGUUGCAAAG